CUUGACGACUACAUGCCCCGUAUCGCGCUACUGAAUAUCACGGAUAUUCCUCGCGCCGGAAGAGAAGAGGUACAUUUCCCAGCCAUCUUGUGGCAGUAUUUAGCGAAUUGUUCGCGCCAAGCCUCGUAGAAUCGGAGGUGAAUUCCGCUGAAGGGGCGCGAUCAUGCCCGGGCAUCUACAAGAAAGCUUCGGCUGCGUCGUAACCAAUCGGUUCGACCAGCUAUUGGACGAUGAAUCAGACCCUUUCGAGGUGUUAAAGGCGGCGGAGAAUAAGAAGAAAGAGGCGGCUGCAGCUGGUAUCACCAAGUCUGCAGCCCAAGCCGCCAAGCAGCCCAAGAAGGAGUCACAGAAGGACAGGAAGAAUCCGCUCCUUGACAAGAAAGAUGAAACACAGGCUGCAGUACCUCUGAAGAAAGAAGGUAUCAGGCGGGUGGACCGAAGGCCGGACCAGCAGGGCCAACCUGGCUCCCAGCACAAGGCCGGGCAGGGCGAGGGGCGGCCCGCCGGCGAGAGGAGGCCAGACAACAGGAGACCCCCACGUGAGCGCCGCUUCGAUAAACCCAUUGAGGACAAGCCCGACGUCGGAGAGAGAGGAGAGUUCUCUGCAGACAAACCUUUCGUAGACCGGCCCCCCAGAGGGCGUGGCGGCGGCCGAGGUGGGCGUGGUGGACGGGGCCGGGGCAUGGGCCGGGGUGACGGCUUCGACUCCCGUGGCAAACGGGACUUCGACAGACAUAGUGGCGGCGGUGACAAACCUCAGAAAUCAGAGGAGAAGCGUGGUGGGAGUGGCUCUCACAACUGGGGGAACCCCAAGGACGAAACAAGAAUUUCUGUUCCCAGUGGUGAUGCUGAACAGACUGCUGCCCCCGAGGGAACCCCUGAGGGAGUGGAACACCCCCCUGCUGACUCUGAGAACAAGGAGAACGAGGUGGAGGAACCAAAGGAGGAGGGCCCCAAGGAGAUGACCCUGGACGAAUGGAAAGCCAUGCAGGACAAGGAACGCGCCAAAGUGGAGUUCAACAUCCGCAAGCCCAACGAGGGUGCUGACAGCAAGUGGAACAAAGGCUACGUUCUGCACAAGUCCAAGAGCGAAGAUGUCAGUGACGAAAAGCUGAAAGACAGACCAGCUGUGAUUGAUGCUCCAGAGAUUGAAGUAGACACAACCUCUCUGUUCAAGGGCAAUCCUGACGAAGUUGGCCCGGACCACCACUUCCGCAAGCCCGCCAAUGACAUCACAGCCCAGCUGGAGAUCAACUUUGGAGACCUGGGCCGGCGCGGGCGGGGGGGAGCCCGUGGAGGAAGGGGAGGCCGCGGUGCGGGAGGAGGCCGAUCUGAAAAGCCGGGUGGAGUGUCCGUUCCCAACGUUGACGACCCAGAGGCCUUCCCAGCCCUGGCUUAAUACUCUAGCACCACUACCAGCCCGCCCCAUCAGCCUCUCCGGGCAUUAGCCCCGCCCCUCCGGGCCCCUCCUCUACGAGGCUUGCAUGCUUACAACUUCUUCAAGUAUACGAGAAAAAAAAGACUGUCAUCACACCUAAGGACUGAAAUUUGAACCUGUUUUAAAAUGACAGAGAAAAGACAAAAAAAAAGAGGAAAAUGGACAUCUCUUGUUGAACUGAAUAAAAUUAUUGGUAAAAGUUUUGUAUUUAGAGACAUGAUAGCAGGGAUGUUUUCAUACAGUAUGUUUCUUUUCUUCAGAUAUUAUGCAUACUUUAUGGAUAUUUUUUCUGUAUUGCUGCUUGAAAAAAUGCAUUUCAGUGUGUGUCUGUGUGUGUGUGUGUGUGUGUGUGUGUGUGUGUGUGUGUGUGUGUGUGUGUGUGUGUGUGUGUGUGUGUGUGUGUGUGUGUGUUUUGGCUGGCUUUUCCUCAUGACUUUAUCUGAAUAUUUUGGGGUCAUCUUAGAAGCUUUUAUUUUGAAAGGGGGACUUUUAAGUCAUGUAUUACUCUGACGUUAAACUCAAUACAUUUGAGUACCUUUUGUACUAAAUCUUUUACUGUGUUUUAAAAAUGUACUUGUAUUCUAGUGACCCCUUGAGCUUAAUAUUAUUCUGCUUGUCAUGCAGUGAAAGUGAAUUUCCUUUAUUUUCCUCGACCAGUGGUUCAUGUGCUUUGUCCCUGGUCCUUAACUGCCUGUGUCUUCAGGGCAGCCAGGGUCCAAAUGUAUUUCUAGGCUGGUCCUUGAAGGUCGUACAGGCUUUACUACUAGUAACCAUAGGACUACUAUACGAAUAUAUUGUAUUUUUUGCGUGACCAAAUCUUUGUGUGUGUGCGUGCAUGCAUGCGAAAUUGAUUGGGUUCAUUGUGAACGUGAACAAUAGUUACUUAUAGGACUUAAAGAAUUCCUCUGUCAUGAACUUGCCAUCUUCCGGGCCUUGACCUUGACCACAAGUUCAAAAGCAGCUCUCUUUUGCCUGAAGUAGUUGUUAUUUCUGAGAACAUAGUUGUUUCAUACUAGGGAAGAUGGUCGACUGUACACAUAUCUUGUUUCUAUCAGCACCAGUACUCUGAAACUUGUUUAUUUUAUUUAUUUUUCCUCGUGAUCAUCUUUGCUGUUACUGUUCUAUUAUUGUUGUUGUUGUUGUUGUUGUUGUUGUUGUUAUUAUUAUUAUUGUUAUUAUUAUUACUACAGCAGCACUACUCCUUAAUUUGUCUGGAAGAAAAGGUCUGUUCAAUGUGGAGCAAUCGAGUGCUACAGAAUGUAUGACUGCUAACCUUGCGUAUAGUCAUCUGUGUCUAGCAUUUCCAGUAGAGGAUUUAUUUGACCAAAGUGGGUAUACUUCACAGCACAGGAUGGGACAACGGCCCCCAAGAACUGCUGGAGCGGAACUACUGGAACGGCAUAAAACUACAUGGAAACCAUCAGUUAGAUUUAAUUCCACUGAUUCCGCUCCAGUUAUUACCAUGAGCCCGUUCUCCUCAAGCUGUCACCCACCUCCUGUGCUUCACACAUUUGGGUUGGGGAAGGGGUACAUUUAAUGUGAAUAUUGUAAGUGACUGAAAGCUUUAUAUUACAGUGCUCUGGAAAGACUUGCUGGUAAUGCACUGACACAGGUGACUGGCGCAAGCCUUUUGUAGGACUGUUUGAGCCACUUGACGGUAGACUUCUCUGCAAACAUCCCUGUUCUAAUAAAUUACUUAAGAGGUGUUAAAUGUA